UACAGUCAUUCACUUGCAAGUAACACCCAUGUUUACAAUUUAUUAGGACUACCAAUUCUGGACAAGAUCAGACGAGGAAGGUUAUUUCUCCAUCAAUGAUAUUCGUAGUGGUGACUAUAAUCUGUAUGCAUGGGUCACGGGUUUCAUAGGCGAUUACCGAUGUGAUGUUGCCAUCACAAUAACCCCAGGUUGUGAUAUUGAUAUGGGUGAUCUUGUGUAUGACCCUCCGAGAGAUGGGCCUACAUUGUGGGAGAUAGGCAUCCCAGAUCGAUCUGCUGCAGAAUAUUAUGUUCCUGAUCCUAAUCCGAAAUACAUCAACAAACUUUUGGUCAAUCAUCCUGACAGGUUCAGACAGUAUGGAUUGUGGGAGAGAUACGCAGAGUUAUAUCCUAAUCAAGACUUAGUGUAUACAGUUGGAGAGAGCGACUAUCAGAAAGAUUGGUUUUUCGCUCAAGUUACAAGGAAAAAAGACGACCAAACAUACCAAGCAACCACAUGGCAGAUCAAGUUCAAACUCGAAAACGUCAAUCAAACCGGAAAAUACACGUUGCGAUUGGCACUUGCAUCAGCGGCGCAAGCUGAACUACAGGUCCGAAUCAACGAUCCAAAUCCAAGCAGUACUCCUCUGUUUUCAAGUGGAAUUAUAGGGAGGGACAAUGCAAUUGCGAGGCAUGGGAUCCAUGGUCUUUACUGGCUAUUCAACGUGGACAUAGUGGGACAUCUGCUCGUGCAAGGGGGCAAUAUCGUCUAUUUGACACAAGCACAGAGCACCAGUCCUUUCCAGGGGAUUAUGUAUGACUAUAUUCGUUUGGAAGGUCCCUCUUCUUUGAAUUCUAAUCCGAUCGUUUGAAUGUGUUCUCAUUAAGGAGCAAAAAUGGGGAUCUCUUAAAUCGAGAAUUUAGUUGAUAACAUUUUCACUACGCUCCUCGGGUUUUUAGGAAAAAAACCCUCAAUUAGUUAUGUUAUUUGAUGAAAUUGAUGUAUAAAUGGUGCAUUUGUGCUGAAAUUGUUGAUUGUGUAAUAGAUUAAGGUUAUAUUUAGUUGUACUUGAG